CUCUAGCAAGAGUACGCGGAAUGGAAAAUUGAGUUAGUUUUUUUUUUUUUUCUGCACAUUUUUUGCCACUAAACCGGUCACUCGUGCUCAGAUUGUUGGCUUCUAGGCCAAAACCGAUCCAGCCAUGUCCAACUGCAUUGAAAUACCCUUGCAGGACACCGAUGAGGUCAUAGAGGUGGAUCCCGAUCAACUGCCGGACUGCCUUGAGGUGCUGAGUAUCCUCAAGCAGGAGCGAGCCCCAUUGCAUGUAUGGGUGAAUGUGUCGCUGGCAUACUACAAGCAAAAGAAGACCGAUGAUUUCGUCACGCUGUUGGAGGACUCUCGUGGCCCCGAGGCCAACAAGGAGUAUCGCGACUCGGACAAGGAUCUCAUGCGGGCCCUGGACAUGCUGGCCGCCCACUAUGUCCAGGAGGCCUAUCGCGAGAAGUCCAAGGACAAGAAGAGAGAGCUCUUCAUGAAGGCCACGAACCUCUACACGAAUGCCGACAAGAUCAUCAUGUACGACCAGAGCCAUUUGCUAGGCAGGGCCUACUUCUGCCUGCUGGAGGGCGACAAGAUGGACCAGGCGGACGCACAGUUCAACUUUGUGCUGAAUCAGUCGCCCUCGAACAUCCCCUCACUGCUGGGCAAGGCGUGCAUUGCCUUCAAUCGCAAGGACUAUCGCGGUGCGAUGGCCUUCUACAAGAAAGCGCUGCGAACGAACCCCAACUGCCCGGCAAAUGUGCGCAUUGGCAUGGCCCACUGUUUCCUCAAGAUGGGCAAUCCCGAGAAGGCCAAACUCGCCUUCGAGCGGGCCCUGCAGCUGGACCAUCAAUGCGUGGGCGCCCUCAUUGGUCUGGCCGUGCUGAAGCUCAAUCAACUGGAGCCCGAGUCGAAUAAAGUGGGUGUGCAGAUGCUCUCCAAGGCCUACACCAUCGACAAUGCCAAUCCCAUGGUGCUCAAUCAUCUGGCAAAUCAUUUCUUCUUCAAAAAAGACUACCAGAAGGUGCAUCAUCUCGCACUGCACGCCUUCCACAACACGGAGAACGAGGCAAUGCGCGCCGAGAGCUGCUACCAGCUGGCCAGGAGCUUUCAUGCCCAAAGUGACUACGAUCAGGCCUUUCAAUACUACUACCAAUCCACACAGAUAGCGCCGGCAAACUUUGUCCUGCCACAUUAUGGCCUGGGACAGAUGUACAUCUAUCGCGGGGAUACAGAGAAUGCAGCGCAAUGCUUUGAGAAGGUGCUCAAGAUUCAGCCUGGCAACUACGAGACAAUGAAGAUCCUUGGCUCUCUGUAUGCCCACUCCAACUCGCAGUCGAAGCGAGACAUGGCCAAGACGCACUUGAAGAAGGUCACCGAACAGUUCCCGGAUGACAUCGAGGCCUGGAUAGAGCUCGCCCAGAUCCUCGAGCAAAAUGAUCUGGCCGCUUCGUUGGCCGCCUAUUUCACAGCAUCAAAGAUUCUGAAGGACAAGGCUAAGUAUGAGAUUCCUGCAGAGAUACAGAACAACGUCUCGUCGCUGCACUACCGAUUGGGAGAUCUGAUUGAGGCAAAGGUCAAGCUGGAGUCGGCGCUGCAGCAUGCCAUCUCUGAAAUGGACAAAGAUGUCAAGUACUACGAGUCCAUUCAAGUCACCAUGAAGUACAAUCUGGCGCGGCUGAACGAGGCCAUGAGCAGCUACGAUGUGGCCGACAAGCUGUACAAGGAGAUCCUCAAGGAGCAUCCCAACUACAUCGAUUGCUACCUCCGUCUGGGCUGCAUGGCCAGGGACAAGGGUUUAAUUUUCGUGGCAUCGGAUUUCUUCAAGGAUGCCCUGAACAUAAACAACGACAAUCCGGAUGCUCGCUCGCUGCUGGGCAAUCUUCAUUUGGCCAAAAUGCAAUUUGCUUUGGGCCAAAAGAACUUUGAGACGAUCCUCAAGAAUCCAGCCACAUCCACGGAUGCCUACUCCCUGAUAGCCCUGGGCAACUUCUCCCUCCAGACGCUGCAUCAGCCGAGCCGCGACAAGGAGAAGGAGCGCAAGCAUCAGGAGAAGGCAUUGGCCAUAUUCAAGCAGGUCCUGCGCAACGAUCCACGCAAUAUUUGGGCCACAAAUGGCAUUGGCGCUGUGUUGGCCCACAAGGGAUGCGUCAUCGAGGCGCGGGAUAUCUUUGCUCAGGUGCGCGAGGCCACCGCCGACUUCUCCGACGUCUGGCUGAACAUUGCCCACGUUUAUGUGGAGCAGAAGCAAUACAUCAGCGCCAUUCAGAUGUACGAGAACUGCAUGAAGAAGUUCUACAGGCACAACAACGUCGAGGUGAUGCAGUACCUCGCUAGGGCCUAUCUGCGGGCCAAUAAACUGGUGGAGGCCAAGGCCGUGCUGCUCAAGGCGCGCCGAGUGGCCCCCCAGGACACUGUGCUGCUGUUCAACAUUGCCGUCGUGCUCUCCCGCCUGGCCAUGGCCAUUCUAAAGGAUGAGAAAUCCACCCUGGAAGUGGUCCUGCAAGCAGUCCACGAACUGGAGUUGGCGCACAAAUACUUCCAAUAUCUAUCCGUUCAUGGCGACAAGAAUCGUUUCAAUAUCGAGGUCGCAGGCGUGGAGGCCAACACCUGCCAGGAUCUUCUGUCGCAGGCCCAAUACCAUGUGGGUCGCGCCCGUCGCAUUGACGAGGAGGAGCGCUCGUUGCGCCGCAAGCAGGAGGAGGAACGCGAGGCCUUCAAGCUAAAGAUUGCCGAGCAGCGCAAGCGGCGCGAGGAGGAGGCCCAGACGUCGCGCGAUCAGCUGCUGGCCAAGCGGCAGGAGUAUGUGGAGAAGACCAAGAACAUGCUGAUCAUUGCCGAUGCGCCGGACAAGGAGCGCAAGAAGGGCAGCGGCAGGCCACGCAAGGAUGACUACAUCUCUGGCAGCGACAGCAACGAGGGUGGACCACGCGAGGGCGGCGAACGACCUGCCAAAAAGAAGAGCAAGGGCGAGCGCAAGAAGGGUGGCAGCGGACGCAAGCGCAAGACGGAGAAAUACGAGAGCGACAGCGAGGAGGAGCCCAGUGGCAGUGGCCAAAAGUCGGGCAAACGGAAGAGCAAGAAGUCCAAGCCGGGCGCGGGAGCCAAGGAGUCCAAGGAGAAGCUCUCGGCCAAGCAGCGUCUCAAGAUCGUGUCCAAGGAGACCAUCUCCACGAGCGAGUCGGAGAGCGAUGGCAAACGCAGGAGUAGGAGCAGAAGUCGCAGUGGCAGUCGCGCCAGUCGUUCGCCCAGCGGCAGCCGCAGUGGAAGUGGCAGUGGCAGCGAUCGUGGCCGCAAGCGUAGCAGAAGUCCCAAGAGUGGCUCGGGCAGUGGCAGCGAUAGCGAUGGUGCCGCUAAGCGUAAGAGGGCCAAGAAUCGCAUUGAAUCUGGCGGCGAAUCGGAUAAAUCACGCUCUCGGUCGCGCUCGAAGUCCGGCUCACGUGCCCGAUCUCGCUCGAAGUCCGGCUCACGUGCCCGAUCUCGCUCCAAGUCCGGAUCCCGUGCAAGAUCGCGGUCCCGGUCCCAUUCGAAGUCCAGGUCCCGCUCCAAGUCGGGCUCCCGAUCUCGCUCUCGUUCACGAUCCAAGUCCAGAUCCCGCUCCAAGUCUGGCUCUCGCUCACGUUCCCGUUCAAAGUCAGGCUCCCGCUCAAAGUCCAGAUCCCGCUCUCGCUCCCGUUCAAAGUCCGGCUCGAGGUCAAGGUCGGGCUCUCGUUCGCGCUCCCGAUCUGGCAGCAGAUCCAAGUCCGGAUCACGCAGUCCCUCCGGCUCGCCGGCUCCUGCGGCCAACUGAAAGACACAGGCCAGCAGCGCUUUGCAAGAUAUUUUUGACUAUAUUUAGUGUGUCCUUCGAGAGUUGCAAAGAGUAUAAUAAAAAGAAAUAACAAAAA